AUGCGGCUACUGUGGUACGUCGUCUCGUCAAACGAAGCUUCAGGCUACUCCUACUACGCGACGGCCACUUCUCUAUCUCCUCAGUUUUAUCAGAAGCUGAUUGAUAGGUGUUGGAGACGGUCCGGGACUCUCAUGUAUCGCCCAAAUCAACGCCAAGCAUGUUGUCCGCACUACACGAUUCGUCUUGACUCAUCACAGUUCAAGCCAGCUCGUGACCAACGGCAAUCUGUCAAUAGAUUCAACAGGUAUAUCCUCGGAGAGCCAUACAUGAAAGAAGCUGCGCGACUGUACCCAAGGUCACGAGAAGAAACUAAGAAACGAGACAACGAGUUUUGCCUCACGGAUCGCAUUCAUGAGGCUGAGUACUCUCACCUCAGAACACCGCCGGAGCCAGCCCACAAGCUUGUUGUCACUCUCGAAGAGGACUGCUUUACAGAAGAAAAGUAUCGCGUAUACGACAAUUACCAGAAGGUUGUACACAAAGAGGAGCCAGAGGACCGUACGCGACGGUCAUUCAAACGCUUUCUCUGUAAUUCCCCCCUGAGGCAACAAACGAUCACGGGGCCUGACGGGCGGAAGCGCCGCCUUGGUUCAUUCCACCAAUGCUACAGAAUCGAUGGCGAUCUGGUGGCCAUAGGAGUGCUCGAUCUUCUGCCUGACUGCGUGAGCUCCGUGUACUUUUUGUACCACGAAAGCAUCCACAGGCUCACGCCAGGCAAGAUUGGGGCCCUCUACGAGAUUUCCCUGGCCAUUGAGGAGGGUUACCGUUGGUGGUAUCCCGGCUUCUACAUCCACAGCUGCCCCAAGAUGAGGUACAAGAUCGACUACACCCCGCAGUUCAUCCUCGAUCCUCAAUCCUUGGCCUGGGACCCACUAGACGAUGAGGUCCUCAGCUUGCUUGACAGGAAGUCUUUCGUCAGUCUAUCUCUAGAGAGACGGGCGGCGUCGGAGGAUCUCAAAGACGCGAUGGACGUGGAUGCCGAAAAAGGUGAUUCCCCACCCGAAUCCGAGGAAGGCGGAGAAGACGAAGAGGCAAAUACCUCGCUCUUUCAGUCGGACAUGCCAGGGAUACCGUCCCUCGCAGACAUGGAGAAGGUGGACCUGGACCACAUCCCUCUGAAAAUCUUCCCAAGCGGCCCGCUCUUUGAGACGUCAGACCUGGUCAGCUGGGACUCGAAGACAGUGAGAGACUGGCCGUCGGCCAAAGCUUCCAUGGCUGAGCUGGCGGCAGCGCUUGGGCCGGAUAUCUUGCAUUGCGUAUGUGUGGAUUCGUCCCGCUAA